CUCUCUCUCACACAGACAUUGUCUUUUUUCUCUCCCUAUCCUCUCUCCACCCAAAAUCUGGCAAAUCUCAUACAACUAAUCUCAAAGUUACAGUCACAGUAGAGAAAGGGAAUUUCAGGACACGAGUUUCAAAAAAUUCUUAUAUCAUAGCUUCAGAAAAUUAGAAUCCUCGUAUACGUGAAGAGGAUUAGUAUUGGUACAACUUUUUGGCUGGUGAACUCUGUGAAGAAGAGAUGCGACAACUCUGUGUUUGGUAAUUGAAUGGUUAAAUUCCAUGAGUUGUUGUAACUGACUUAUUGGGAGAGCCGGCCUGGUGCUUUGUUGGGGCAUGAAGAAGUGGAGUUAAGUGUUCUGCUUGUUGAUUGGUAGUAGUGGAAGUGGUGGUGUCUAGCUUGUUGGCUAUAGAAAAGCUUAUCUGGAACAAUCUUCUGUUACAUGGCAAGUUCAUGCAAAAGGUGGAUUGAUGGCCUUCAUUACUCUUCACUCUUUUGGCCGCCACCACAAGAUGUUGAACAACGGAAGGGUUCCAACGUUGAGCAAGUGAAAGGACUUGUGGGGAGACACAGGCGUUAUUGAUGUCUACUUUUCUGCUGUUGAGUUCUGCUUAUGUAGAGAUCGCACAGAACACCUGAUAUCAGCCUUCUGCAGCUCAAGAACAUGAUUGCAGUAGAACUACCCGUUACCACACCCUUGGCUCAAAUUACUGCAUAUGUUGAGUACUUUGGCCAGUUUACAUCAGAACAGUUUCCUGAAGAUAUAGCGGAGCUGAUCCGGAAUCGAUAUCCUUCUAAGGAAAAUCGCCUUUUUGAUGAUGUCUUGGCAACGUUCGUCCUUCAUCAUCCUGAACAUGGGCAUGCUGUCAUGCUUCCUAUUAUUUCAUGUAUCAUUGAUGGCACAGUGGAGUAUGAUAGGAGUAUGCCCCCAUUUGCUUCUUUCAUUUCUUUGGUUUGCCCAAAUGACGAGAACGAGUUCUCCGAACAGUGGGCUCUGGCGUGUGGGGAGAUCUUACGAAUUUUAACUCAUUAUAACCGUCCAAUUUACAAGGUUGAACAACAGCAUAGUGAAGCCGAUAGAAGCAGCAGUGGUAGCCAUGCAACAACGAGUAAAUCUGCAGAUGGAGGAUCAUCUUCAGCUUCUGUACAAUACGAAAGGAAGACACUAAGGCCGUUGUCUCCCUGGAUCACUGAUAUAUUGCUUGCUGCACCUCUUGGUAUUAGAAGUGAUUACUUCCGCUGGUGUGGAGGCGUUAUGGGAAAAUAUGCAGCUGGAGAACUCAAGCCACCUUCAACUGUUUCUUCUCGUGGUUCUGGAAAGCAUCCGCAGCUCAUGCCAUCAACUCCAAGGUGGGCUGUUGCGAAUGGUGCUGGUGUGAUACUAAGUGUUUGUGAUGAGGAAGUUGCUCGCUAUGAGACUGCUACCUUAACAGCUGCUGCUGUUCCUGCACUUCUGCUUCCUCCUCCAACAACAGCCAUGGAUGAACACCUUGUUGCAGGGCUACCAGCUCUUGAGCCAUAUGCCCGCCUAUUUCAUCGGUAUUACGCGAUUGCUAGUCCAAGUGCCACCCAAAGACUUCUUCUUGGACUUCUAGAGGCACCACCAUCAUGGGCUCCCGAUGCACUUGACGCUGCUGUACAACUUGUGGAGCUCCUUAGAGCGGCGGAAGAUUAUGCAUCUGGCAUGAGGCUUCCAAGGAACUGGAUGCAUCUACAUUUUUUGCGUGCAAUUGGGACUGCAAUGUCCAUGAGAGCAGGCAUUGUUGCAGAUGCUGCAGCUGCUCUACUCUUUCGCAUACUCUCACAGCCUGCUUUGCUUUUCCCCCCACUUAGACAAGUUGAAGGAGUUGAAGUUCAACAUGAACCUUUGGGGCAUUACAUUUCAUGCUACAAGAAGCAGAGAGAAAUGCCUGCGAUUGAAGCCACAAUAGAAGCUACUGCCCAAGGCAUUGCAUCAAUGCUUUGUGCACAUGGCCCAGAGGUUGAAUGGAGAAUAUGUACCAUAUGGGAAGCUGCUUAUGGCCUGAUUCCUCUAAGUUCUUCUGCCGUUGAUCUCCCUGAUAUCAUCGUCGCAACCCCCUUGCAACCUCCCAAUUUGUCAUGGAACCUGUACAUACCUCUCCUUAAAGUUUUGGAAUAUCUUCCUCGUGGAAGUCCAUCUGAAGCCUGCCUCAUGAAAAUAUUUGUUGCUACUGUUGAAGCCAUUCUCCAGAGAACCUUUCCACCUGAGUCCACCAGAGAACAAAUUAGAAAAACAAGAUAUACAUAUGGGUCUGCCUCCAAAAACAUUGCUGUGGCAGAGCUUCGCACAAUGGUCCACUCUCUAUUCUUGGAAUCAUGUGCCUCAGUAGAGCUUGCCUCUCGCCUACUUUUUGUUGUGUUAACUGUGUGUGUCAGUCAUGAAGCACAGCUCAUUGGGAGCAAGAGACCAAGAGGUGAAGAUAGUUAUCCUCCUGACGAAGUGACUGAAGACUUGCAAGCAGUCUCUGGAGAUCAGAGAGGAAUGGGAACUAAAAAAAUGAAAAAACAGGGACCUGUGGCAGCAUUUGAUUCUUAUGUACUUGCUGCAAUUUGUGCUCUUGCCUGCGAACUGCAGCUCUUCCCUUUGAUUUCCAGAGCAGGUUCCAAAGAUAUACAGGAUGUAGCCAAAUCUGCAAAAGUCAAUGAAUCAUCCAGAGAGUUUCGAAAUAGUAUUGACUCUGCAGUUUGUCAUACUCACAGGAUAUUAGCAAUUUUAGAAGCACUGUUUUCUUUGAAGCCAUCAUCUGUUGGCACCUCAUGGAGUUACAGUUCAAACGAGAUAGUUGCUGCAGCUAUGGUUGCAGCUCAUAUUUCUGACCUGUUCAGACGGUCAAAAGCUUGUAUGCGUGCUCUCUGUGUCUUGAUACGAUGCAAGUGGGACAAUGAAAUUCACUCCAGAGCUUCUUCACUGUACAAUCUCAUUGAUAUCCAUAGUAAAGUUGUUGCGUCCAUUGUCAACAAGGUAGAACCACUAGAAGCACACCUUAUCCAUGCGCCAGUUUGGAAGGAUACCCUUGCAUCUCAUCAUGUCAGAAAACAACAAAAAUGUGGAAACUCUAGCAGCUUUGAAUCAGGGCAGUCAUCAGCCCUGCAGGGUGAAGUUUCUGCCAAUCCAAGCUCUUUAACUAAGAGUGAGAAAUCUUCCCGGUCUUGUGAGGUGACUGGAAGAACAGAGGGUAAAGGAGUAGCAUGCUUCCCAUUAGAUGCUUCAGAUUUGGCCAAUUUUCUCACAAUGGACCGGCAUAUAGGAUUUAAUUGCAGUGCACAGGUCCUUCUGAGGUCAGUUCUGGCUGAGAAACAGGAAUUAUGUUUCUCCGUUGUCUCAUUGCUUUGGCACAAGUUGAUUGCAUCACCUGAAACACAACCUAGUGCAGAAAGCACUUCUGCCCAGCAAGGAUGGAGGCAGGUGGUUGAUGCACUAUGCAAUGUGGUAUCAGCAUCUCCAACAAAAGCCGCAACAGCUGUUGUUCUUCAGGCGGAUAGGGAAUUGCAACCGUGGAUUGCUAAAGAUGAUGAUCUUGGUCAAAAGAUGUGGAGAAUCAACCAGCGAGUGGUGAAGCUGAUUGUGGAGCUAAUGAGGAAUCAUGACACCCCAGAAUCUUUGGUAAUUUUGGCUAGUGCUUCAGAUAUUCUCCUACGUGCCACAGAUGGGAUGCUGGUUGAUGGAGAAGCAUGCACUUUACCACAGCUGGAGCUCCUGGAAGCAACAGCUAGAGCAGUUCAACUGGUGCUUGAGUGGGGGGAAUCUGGAUUGGCAGUCGCAGACGGCCUUUCAAACCUAUUGAAGUGUCGCCUACCAGCUACAGUUCGUUGCCUUUCUCAUCCAAGUGCUCACGUUCGUGCUCUAAGCACGUCGGUUCUACAUGCUAUUAUGCACAGUGGUUCAAUAAAAUCUAGUGGUGGACAAGUGGAUAUAAAUGGCCUUCAUAAUCCUGCUUUUCAGUACUUAAAUGUGGGGAUUAUUGACUGGAAAGCAGAUAUUGAAAAGUGUCUUACAUGGGAAGCUCACAGUCGACUUGCAACUGGAAUGCCUACUCAAUUUCUAGAUACUGCUGCUAAGGAAUUAGGUUGUACUAUAUCCGUUUGACACUAACCUAGCAUUUGCCAGCUUCAUUAGGCCCCCCUCACUUGUACUUUUUUUUGAGUACUCCACAAGAAUAUGAAGAUGCAAUUGGCUUGAAGGUUGUAGGAAGGCAAGAGAAGUUGGUUAUUUAUGCGACUUUUAAGGAUUAAGCUUUGGAAUGCUACUACACUCCAUGCGAUGAUGACUGGCGUGCAGUGGGACUCUAGACAGUACCACGGUGUGACCCCGAUUCCCUGAUUUUAGAUUUUAUUUGGCUCAAGUGAUUUUUGUUUGUUGUAGGCCCAAACCCUUGCUUGAUACUGAGACAGGUAUAUAGGUUUAUCCUGACCAAAAAAAUCAUGAAAAGGUGGUGGCUAGCUUUGCUGCUCAGCAGCCUGCUUGUAAUAAAAUCCCUUUCUCUCUCUUCUAGUUUCAAUUCUUGAGUUAUCAUGAUUUUUGAUGGCAAAAUGUAGGGAGUUUUUAUCUCACAACUUUGAACAGAAUUGCAUAAAGUUAAUCACAUCUCUGUUCAUGCUGAAUGGAGCUUCGAUUAUUCCCAUACAGAGGCAUCUCUGGUUGAAUGGUUAGGCAAGACUACCG